AUGUCGCUGACGGCGGAAUUGUUUGGGUCGUCCGCCCCGUCGUCGUCGUCGGCGUUGGCGUUGGCGACUGCAGGGGUGGCGGGGGCGGCAGGAGCUUCAGAGGAGAAAAAAAGCACAGCCGAAAAGCCGUCCAUUUCCUUCGAGCCGACGAAAAAGGCCGCAUUCGACCUAUUCGCGGUGGCACCGCAGGUGAAGAAGGCCACACGCAAAGAAAAACAGCGCCUGCGUCUGCUGGGUGAUGCCGCGGCGAAGAAGGGCACACAGGGAGGAAAAGGGGUGGUUAGUGACGGCGUCCAGGACGACAUUUUCGCAACUGUGUUUCUCGACGACAAUGACAAAGCGGGUGACGGCGCGGACAAGAAGACAGCAAAGCGGAAGAAGCACCUUCGACAUGCCCUCCAAAACAAUGAAGAGGAGGAGAACCGCACGGUGUUUGUUGGGAACCUUGUGAACGAUGUGAAGAGGCGGGCAGUGGAGAGGAUCUUUAAAAGCUGUGGCGCCAUUGAAUGCGUCCGUAUCCGCGCACAGGCACUAGAAGAAGAAGGAAGGAAAAAGAAUGAGGGAGAAGAAAACCAAAAGAGUAGGGCGAGUGUUGGUCGUGCGAUCCGCGUGCUCCGUGGUGAGAUCAAGAAGGGCGACCAGUACAGUGCAGUGGCGUAUGUCUUGUUCAAGGACAAAGCCUCCGUUGCGAACGCGCUGAAACUGAAUGGUGUCGUUGCGGACGGUCACCACAUUGUUGUGACUGGAAUGGACGCCGAGAGCCGGGCGUACGCACCGGAGACGUCGGUAUUCAUUGGCAACAUUGCCUACGACACGAAUGAAGAGGCGGUGUGGAACUUCUUCGUGGAGAAGGGCGUCGCAGAUGUGAAGCGUGUCCGGUUGGUGCGGGACCGCGAGACAGGGAGCUGUAAAGGGUUCGGCUACGUGGAGUUCUACGCCUCCUCGUCUGUGCCGAAGGCAAUCGCCGUGCGUGGCAGUCUUCUUAACGGCCGCGAGGUGCGCAUCGUUCACGUGCAGAAAUCAAAGGCGGUGAAGGCGGCUACCGCCAGUCGGCGGGAGAAGCGAAAACGCGAGGAACAGGGGGGACCCAAUGGUGGUGGCAAGAAUGACAAGAGAAUGAACAAGAAGGCGCGCAGGGAGGAGAGAACCUCCGACCGACGCAACAACACCGAUGGACAGCCCUCGUGGAUGGGUGUCACGACGAACCCACGCAAGAAGAUACCAAAGGACCUGCGGCCAAUAGUGGAGGGCAAGAAGAACCGCCCGCCGUCAGGCCCACGUGCCCCAGUAAAGCGGAAGUUGCGCAACCCAGAGAAGUAG